CGAAAGCCAAGAUGAGCACCACUCCGGCCGAGAAGUCCAUGAUGGACACGAUCGACCUGUUCCACAAAUUCACAGACGACAGUGACACCAUGGACAAGGAGGGCCUGCUGAAGCUGCUGCAGGAGAAUUUCCCCAACUUCCUCAGUGCCUGUGACAAAAAUGGUGUCGAUUACCUGGCUAAUAUCUUUGAGCAAAAGGACAAGAAUAAGGACCAGAGGAUUGAGUUUUCUGAGUUUCUGUCCUUGCUGGGGGACAUAGCCACAGGUUACCACAAACACAGCCAUCAAGAAGAACUCUGUCCUCCGGAACAUCAGUGAGCCCAGAGCCCUUCAGAGAACCCAGGAUACAAUAAAAUGUGCAAGAUACAAUAAAAUGUCGUGUCCUCCCCGA